AUGCUUUUCACUUCCACCGUCGCUGCUGCUGCCCUCUCGCUCUUCGGCGGAAGUCUCUACUCCGGUUUCUGGCGGACGCCACCAGACGAUCCCGACAUCGAAAGAUGGAGCUGCAGGCCUUUUCUCCCCAACGUCUUCGCCGAGGCCCCACCAUGUUCUGCGCAUCCCGCCAUUCGUCGGGCUGUGCAUGCUGUCGACGAGUUCUUUACCGCCCGCUUUGCCGAGAGUGACAUCGACAGUUUAUCUGUCGCAGUUGUAAACUCGCAGGGGGCCUUAUACGAAAGGAACUUCGGCUACAUGCGCGCCAACGAAUCGCACAGCCCUGAGACCACCAGCCAUUCUAUGUACCGCAUGGCUUCGGUGUCAAAGCUCUUCGCAGCCCUCGAAGGGUUCAUCCUAGAGGAGAAAGGCGCUCUGUCCUGGGACGACCCCGUCAGCAAGUACCUAGAAGGCUUCAAGUAUCGCGCAGACGGACUAGAUCCACACAGGAACCCCUCCCCGAAGAACGCGCCCGAGAUCACCCUGUCACAGCUCGCGAGCCACAUGUCCGGCAUAGGUCGAGAUUGGCCUCCUGGGCCAGCAACGGGCUGGCCGCACGACGCUACAGGCGGCGGACCUCCUCCCAUGAACGGACAUCCGUAUCCGUCCCCCAAGGUGUUACUGGACGCGAUUGCUAAGCACCAUCUCGUCUCGCCCCCAGGAUUUUAUCCGUCAUAUUCUAACACAGGUCUGGGAGUACUCGGCCUCGCUCUCGCAGCCGCCAGCAGCGCGGCUAGCGGCGAGCCAUCUGUGUUAUCAUACGCCGACGUAAUGAAGCGUGAUAUCUUCGACCCGAUGUGUUUGAACGGAAGUCAUUUCCUCGCCACCGACGCGAACAAGCACUUGAUCGUCGUUCCUUCAGUGGAGCCAGACCUUGCUGAUCACGACUUUCUCGACGCCAUGAACCCUGCAGGAGGACAGUUCUCGUCCCUUGCAGACAUCAUGACUCUAGCGCAGACGAUCCUGGACCCUUCCCAUCCGAAGAGCCAGAUCUCCUCGUACGCACGCGACAGGUGGCUGCAGCCCGCCCACGUGUUCAUAGAGGACGACUGGACCGAGAUCGGGCUCGUCUGGGAGAUCAUCAAGGCAGCGGACUCGAACGGACGCCUACGCAAGAUCUACUGGAAAUUGGGCAAUGUGGGCGGAUACCACACCGCGAUCGCCGUGCACCCGGGCACGGCCUACGGCGUCGUCGUGCUCAUGGCCGGGCCGUACCCGGACACGGCCAAGCUCGUAUACGACACCUUCGCGCUCGUCCAGCCCGCCGUCGACCGCGCGCUCGCCGACGCCGUCGCCGAGCUCUACGUCGGCACCUGGGUGGCGGAGACAGAGACCGCCAAUGUCUCCGCACCCACAUCCGCGCGUAUCGCCGUGGAGCGCGGGACACUGUACGUGGAGAAACUCGUGCUCCUCGGGGCGGACGCGCUGAGGGCGUUUGGCGCCGAGGGCAGGCUCGCGAUGCGCGCGACGGGGUUCCGCGACGAGUUCCGGCUCGACGCGGGGAUCGCGGGGUACAACGGCGUGAAGCACAUGGGCUGCUACCCGUACUGGAAUGGGCAGGACAUGUGGGGCGUGCGCGAGGGCGCGGCGAUCAAUGCGCUGUACUUUACUGGGGCUGGGGACGGGCGGCGCCUCCAUAUUCCGUCUCUGUCGUUGGUGCUGAGGAGAACGUGAAUGGGGCGAACUGUCGCUUGGAGACGGGGCACUGAUAUGCCACAUUUCCCGAUGUGCAUACAGCGUCUUGACACUGGGGCCGCUCGCAAUAGAGUUGCCAGUAUCUAGAAUUAGCCUCCAGGUGUGCACCAAUCUGUCGUAUCUGCGUCUGCGUCGCCGCAAUACAUGUGGUGUCUUGGAGUGCACCCGCUUAU